UUCAGAUGCUGCCGCAAAGUAAUAGCUAGGUUUCAGUCCACGACGCAGUUUCAAGCCCACGCACACACCCGAUCGCAAAUUCGUCUUCAUUUGUGAAGACCGGUUUGCCAGGCGCUGCCCUAGGUCAAACACAAUGGCCAAAUCAUUGAAGUGCGGCGUCUGCGGAGCUCUGUUGAGAAACGUUGCCGAAGCCCAGAACCAUGGCGAGGUGACGGGCCACUCCUCGUUUGAGGAGACGACAGAAGUGAUCCGCGUGAUGAAGUGCCUCACGUGCGGCAAGCCCUGCCGCACGGACGCGGAAAAAGACAUGCACAAGCGGUUCACGGGGCACGCAGAGUACGCGGAACAGACGGAGGACGCGGUGAUAAACACGGAGGUGGAGAUGAAGGAGGCGCAGGACGCCAUGGAUGACGACGCCGACAUCCUGAGGGCCUCGCUGGGCAAGCCGCCCAAGGCCAAGCCCAAGACAGAGGCGGGGGCGGAGGGCGGCGGCGCGGCAGGCGGCAGCGGCGAGGCGGGGACCAGCGGCUCGGAGGAGAUGGUUCCGGCCGAGGUGCCGGAGAAUCUGCUGAAGGAGAUGGAGGAGAUGGGCUUCGGACGCAACCGCGCCAUCCGGGCCAUCUGGUUCAGCAAGGCGGUGACGAGUGUGGAGGCGGCUGUGAACUGGCUGAUGGACCACGACACCGACCCUGGCAUUGACGAGCCGCUGCUGGUCAAGAAGUCGGAAGCGGAGGGCUCGGGCCAGGACGGCGGCAGCAAGGAGCCGGUUGACCCGGUGGAGGCGAGGCGUAAGGCGGAGGAGCUAAUGCGCAAGGCCCGUGAGAAGCGCGAGAAGGAGGAGAAGGAGAUGGAGCGGCUGCGCGAGCUGGAGCGCAUCCGGGCGGGCAAGGAGAUGCAGAAGAUUCGAGAGAAGGAUGAUGAGCAGGCGCUGAAGCGCAUUGCCGAGCAACGCAAGCGGGAAAAGGAGGAGGAGGCGCGCGCACGCGAGGAGCUGCGGCGCAAGCUUGAGGAGGACCGCAAGGAGCGCCGCCGCAAGCUGGGGCUGCCGGAGGAGCUGACGGAAGAGGAGAAGGCUCGCGAGGCGGAGAAGCGCAAGAAGCAGGAGGAGGAGGAGGCCUCCAAAAAGGCCUUCAACUACGUCAAGCCCAUCUCAUUGUUGUCCAAGAUGCGCUCUCAGUUGGUGACCCUGAAGAAGGCGCACAUGGCGGGUGUGGCCGGCAGCAGCGGCGAGGAGGCCUUCAAGACAGCGUGCGGUACCAUGCUCAAGUACCUGGGCAACAUUGCCGCCAACCCCGGCGAGGACAAGUUCCGCAGCAUCCGCCUCGCCAACGCCGCAUUCCAGUCGCGCGUGGGCGUGCUGCCGGGAGCCAUCGACUUCCUGCUCACCUGCGGCUUCGAGAAGACGGACGAAGCGCUGGUGAUGGCGGCUGACAAGGUGAACAUGGAGCUGCUGAAUGGCGCCGGCGCCGCACUCAACGAAGCAAUCACCAACCCCUUCUUUGGGGUGCUCUGAGUCAUUAGCGGCGGCGUGCGCUACAAGCCCAGGCUGGAGGUGGCUGCGGCAGAGUCCAAGAUGCGCAGUCACGGAGUGAAGUGCGUGGCGAAGAGAAACCGCACAUGACUAGUUGUGGGCUGACAUCACGUAUGCAUGGCCUGCUAUCCAUAGCAUGGCACGGUGUGCGAUUGAUUGCUGUUUGGUUUGACUCCUGCUGUGCUUGUGCUUGACAGCGGGACGUGGCUGGAUGCAUGGCGGACCGUGCCUGUCACAAACUGACCCGGCUAUGUCCGGGAGGGGAGGUAGACGCUUGCGGUCGUAGACGGGAUACGUGGCGUGGGCGCAGCCCGCUUUUCCUUUGCAAGGGAAAACCAUUUCGUUGUCGGGGUUGUCGGGAUGUUCCAUGCGCUGAGGGUAUCGAUGUGGGGGAUCACCGACUCUCCUUAUGUACCGCAGUACCAAGCCCUGCCUACUUUUGAGUGCCCAGGCCCACGCCGCGUUGGUUCGGGGACCAGGAGCUGCACAUGCACGCCGCACAGCCACGCGGACAGCCCGCACAUGAGGUGGCGGCGGGGGCAGCAGCUGCGGCGGCUGCGGCCCCUUGGUCAAUGCGACUGACGCGAUGCCUUGUGUUGUCGUGAGCGGCACCAGGUUGGAGUGCGUGGCACACCCUUCGCCUUGGGCUGUCCAAGGGACCCGGUGGUUGCAGCGAUCGCCUUGAAUUGCGCCGUUGUUCUGCCCGCAAGGGUAACCGUGUAUCUACUGCUGACA